GGGGCUGCUCGACGAGCACGAAAGCUCUUUUUCCAACUUAAAAUGCAAUUACUGUGAUAAUAUGAGAAUAUAUAAUGCGUACGAGUGCAGUAUUGUGUAACAUUAUCGCUCCGAUGAAUGAUGUUUAUAUGUAUAAGUCCGUGUAACACGGUCAUUCGGUAUAAAUUGAUGUACCACAAUGUAUCGUAGAGCUUAAGUAUCUGACAUACUAAUUUUAACGCGUCUACAAUCCUUUCCAAAGGUUAAAUCGUGCUCUCAUUAUCAAAUUUGUUGAAGCACCAAUUGCAUAUACUCAAACUUGUUGUUAAACACGCAUCAUUGCGUUUGUUUAGUACUUUCAUGAAUGUAUGAAUUAUCUCACUGAAUUGUUUGCCUUGAACAUAAUGUAACAGAUACUAAGCUCUUAUCAGUACAAACGAAAAUUUACCAUAUGUGUUAACGAUACAGGGACAGGAACAAGCAUUGGAAUUACUUAAAAUAUUGCAAAAGUUACCAGUUGACUUGGAACUUCUAACUAAGACACGUAUUGGAAUGACUGUUAAUGCAUUGAGGAAAUCAAGCAGAGAUGAUGAAGUUAUAUCAUUAUCUAAAACUUUAAUAAAAAAUUGGAAGAAGUUUUUAUCUGGAUCCAACAAAGAGAAAGAUUCUACUUCUUCGAGUAGUUCAAAAAAGAAGGAUGACAAAUCAGAGAAAAAUAAAGAUGACGGGGAUCAAAAGAAGGAUAAAGAUACUACUGAUGGAAAUGAUGUUAAAAUGAAAGAAGAGAAACCCCAUAAGGACCUUCAAAGAAAACAAUCGACCUUCCCGGCUCCUACCACAACAGAUGCUGUAAGGCUUAAAUGCAGAGAACUUUUAGCGGCGGCUUUAAGAGUCGAUGGAAAUACGAUCGAUGGUUGUGCUUCACCGGAAGAAUUAGCAGAAGAAUUGGAGGAAGCGAUUUAUGCAGAAUUUAAAAAUACUGAUAACCGAUAUAAAAAUAGGGUGCGUAGUAGAGUUGCUAAUUUACGCGAUGCAAAGAAUCCGAAUUUGCGAACGAAUUUCAUUGCUGGUGCAAUAACACCUGCUAGGCUUGCAUCUAUGACUGCCGAAGAAAUGGCGAGCGAUGAAAUAAAACAAUUAAGAGAACAAUUUAAAAAGGAGGCGAUCAAUGAUGCCCAACUUGCUACGGUGCAAGGAACAAAAACUGAUUUAUUAAAAUGUGGAAAAUGCAAAAAGCGCAACUGCACUUACAAUCAAGUGCAAACGCGUUCGGCCGACGAACCUAUGACUACUUUUGUGCUAUGCAACGAAUGCGGUAAUCGAUGGAAAUUUUGCUAAAUCUUCUUAUUCUGUAUGGUUUUUUUGAUCAAUAUGGAAAAAGAAAGUGUAUUUCGUUCGACACCUACUUAUUAAUCAACACUUAUUCAGAUUGACGAGACAUCAUUGGAUGUAUGUUACGUAAAUUGAUCAUUCACAGAUUGUACAUUAAUCGUUUAAUGAUUAUACUUUUAGUCGAUUCACAAAUUUUCAAACACUUGGUUUUCCUUCUCUUGUAUAUAUUAAAAUGUAAUGUUACUAGGUCUCAGCUUUGUAGGAUUUCAAUUACACCGAGGAGAAGCUGGAUAAAUCAGAUUAAAAUACUUCAAACUCUUUUAAAUACAGCAUUCAUGCUGGUCGAAGUUCUAACAUGCGAGUAAUGUUGAAAGUAAGACUUUUCAUUUUAGAUUGUACGAGUUUACACAAUGUUUUAUCUGUGAAACACUUCGAAAUUGUGGGUACAGUACUGAAAUACAUGUAUGUAAUUAUAA